AAGCCGAGAUCUACAGCGAGUCAAGCGAGACGCACAGCAGCUUAACUCAGCUCCAACUCAACACAUACAUACAUUUUAUAUUGUGUCUCUGUUCGUGUGUGAUCUAUCGUAACGUAAUUCUCUCUCAUUCUCUUACAUUUCCUAUCAGGUAUUGAGGGCGGAAAUACGGGGUUUGGGGAUUCUUUGGUUGUGUGAUUGAAUAUGAGUUUUCAGGUUAAUAAUAAUAAUAGGCCUCCAUUUCCACCGCCUUUUGCUCAGCAAGGUCAACCUGGGUCACGACCUGGCCCACCGCCGCCAGGUGUGGUUCCAAGGGGUCCUCCUGGUGGGCCUCCUCAAGGUGCAUUGGGUCCUCCAAAUGUAGGGCCGAAUAGGCCUAAUGGUCCUGCUCCGUCUUUUGGAGUUAGGCCUCCACCUCCGGGUGCUUUUGGUUCUGCUGGCAAUGCGCCUCCACCUCCGGGUCCUUUCGCUUCAUCUGGCAAUGCACCUCCGGGUAAUCGCCCUGGUCCGUUUCAGUCUGCACCUAUGACUGCAGGUCAAGUUCCAUCAGGACCCCCACCAUCUAGUGGUGCUCCAAGUCCGUUUAGUAACGGACCACCUUCAGCAGGUAUGCAAGGUGGACCUCGGUUUCCUUCUCCCGGGGGUAUGCUACGGCCUGUUAAUGGACCACCUCCUCCAUCAUCUAUGUCAACAACUCAGGGAAUACGCCCUUUUGGUGGAAGUCUAUCCGCUGGUUCCUUACCUGGUCUUGUACAACAGGCACCACCGUUUGCAGGACCUCCUAUGGGUGGGCCGCCUCUAGGUCCACAGACAUUUUCCGCUCCACCUCAAGGACCUCAGUUUCCGGUUUCUCCUUUCGGGUCUCAGCCAUGGUCCAUGCAACAACGGCAGGUUACACCACCUCCAACAGUUCCUGGUUCUGCUCCACCCCCAAGGAUGUAUAAUAUGCCUGGUCUAGAAUCUACUGCUUCCAUAUCACCUGCCAUGAGUCAAGGACCUUCUAAAAUUGAUCCUAAUCAAAUUCCGCGUCCUAUUCCAAGUUCAUCGAUUGUUUUGCAUGAAACACGUCAGGGAAAUCAGGCAAAUCCUCCUCCGCCUGCUACCACCGAGUACAUUGUCAGGGACACUGGAAACUGCAGUCCGCGGUACAUGAGAUGCACAAUCAAUCAGAUUCCUUGCACCAAUGAUCUUCAAGGAACAUCUGGGAUGCAGUUGGCCUUGUUGGUUCAGCCCUUGGCACUUCCUCAUCCUUCUGAGGAUCCCAUACAAGUAGUGGAUUUUGGUGAAGCUGGUCCGGUCCGCUGUUCUCGUUGCAAAGGCUACAUAAAUCCUUUUAUGAAGUUCAUUGAUCAGGGCAGACGUUUCAUUUGCAACUUUUGUGGAUUCACUGAUGACACCCCCCGUGAGUAUCAUUGCAAUUUAGGCCCUGAUGGUAGGCGCAGAGAUGCUGAUGAAAGGCCUGAGCUAUGUAAAGGAACUGUGGAGUUUGCUGCUACUAAAGAAUAUAUGGUUCGCGAUCCUAUGCCUGCUGUAUAUUUUUUCCUCGUUGAUGUCUCCAUGAACGCACUACAGACUGGUGCAACUGCAGCAGCUUGUAGUGCAAUCAGCCAAGUUAUUGCUGAUCUGCCGGAGGGUCCUAGAACAAUGGUGGGAAUCGCAACAUUUGACUCAACUAUUCAUUUUUACAAUCUAAAACGCGCCUUACAGCAGCCAUUGAUGCUUAUUGUUCCAGACAUUCAUGAUGUUUACACUCCUCUCGAAAGUGAUGUAAUUGUUCAACUAUCCGAGUGUCGUCAGCAUUUGGAGCUUUUGCUGGAAAAUAUCCCCAACAUGUUUCAAAAUAAUAAAACUGCUGAUUCUGCUUGUGGUGCAGCAAUCAAGGGUGCUUUCCUGGCAAUGAAGAGUACUGGCGGAAAACUUAUGGUAUUUCAGUCAGUUUUACCAUCGGUUGGCAUUGGUGCUCUUUCUGCUAGAGAGGCUGAAGGAAGAACUAAUAUCACCGCUGCAGAGAAGGAGGCUCACAAGUUGCUCCAACCGGCUGACAAGAUAUUCAAGACAAUGGCUAUUGAACUUGCUGAGUAUCAGGUCUGCGUUGAUGUAUUCAUAACAACCCAAACAUAUAUAGACAUAGCCUCGAUCUCUGUGAUUCCGAGGACUACAGGGGGGCAGGUAUACUAUUAUUACCCAUUCUCUGCUGUUUCGGAUCCUGCAAAGCUAUACAAUGAUCUUCGGUGGAACAUUACAAGGCCUCAAGGCUUUGAGGCAGUUAUGCGAGUUAGAUCCAGUCAGGGCCUACAAAUCCAAGAAUAUUCUGGAAAUUUUUGUAAGCGGAUUCCAACAGAUGUGGACCUACCUGCGAUUGACUGUGAUAAGACAAUAAUGGUUGCGUUGAAACAUGAUGAGAAAUUGCAGGAUGGUGCAGAAUGCUCUUUUCAGUGUGCUCUUCUAUACACCACUGUCAAUGGUGAACGAAGAAUACGUGUUUCCACCUUGUCCCUUCCAUGCACUACCAUGCUGAGUAAUCUGUUCCGUUCAGCUGACUUAGAUACCCAGUUUGCAUGUUUCCUGAAGCAAGCGGCAAAUGAUAUUCCUUCCAGUCCGCUGUUGCAAAUUAGGGAGCAGAUGACAACCCUUUGCAUCAACAUUCUGCAUUCGUAUAGGAAAUUCUGUGCUACAGUAUCAUCCGCUGGACAACUUAUCCUUCCUGAGGCUCUUAAAUUGUUGCCUCUUUACACCCUUGCUUUGAUUAAAAGUAUUGGUUUGAGAAGUGAUGGACGCAUAGAUGAUCGGUCAUAUUGGAUCAAUUAUGUUUCAUCUCUUUCUACUCCCUUGGCAAUCCCGUUGGUGUACCCUAGGAUGAUCAGUAUCCAUGACCUUGACUUAAAGGAGACGGAUGGGAAUCUUCCUCCCGCCAUUCCACUUUCCAGCGAGCACGUGACUGAUAAUGGAAUUUAUCUUCUAGAGACUGGCGAGGAUUGUUUAAUUUAUGUUGGGAACUCUGUUGAUCCUGAUAUAAUGCGGCAACUUCUUGGCAUUUCGUCUGUUGAAGAAAUUCCAACUCAGUAUGUAUUGCAGCAAUAUGAUAAUGCACUGUCAAAAAAGCUUAAUGAAAUUGUCAAUGAGAUAAGGCGCCAAAGAUGUUCCUACCUCCGCCUGAAGCUGUGCAAGAAAGGAGAGCCAUCUGGAGCGACAUUCUUCUCAUAUCUGGUAGAGGACAAGACCCCAAGCGGUCUUUCCUAUGUGGAGUUUCUGGUGCAUAUCCAUCGGCAAAUUCAGGCAAAAAUGAGUUGAUAAAUUAUUUUUGUGCGGCUUUGAAUUUUGAUGCAAUUUUAUGGUAGCCUUUUUGUGUGGUCAAGCUAUGGGAUCGGAGAAACAAGGAAAUAGCAGCUCCAUUACAGUUUUUCCCAAGUGAUCGAUGGUAGUUUUCUUGAAGCAAAAGUAAAUCAGUUUGCAAACAGAGACUGCCUAAUUUGGCGAGUAAAGAUUUCUUUAGUUUGAAAAAGCUUGACUUAUAAAUUAAAUUUUCUUAAAAUAUAGAGCGUAAUAUAGAAUAUGUACCAUGAUUUAGUUAUAUCCCCUGGCUUUCUGUACGGUUUUGUUGCAGUGUUUGUAAAUUUGGAAUUAGAAACAUGUACUUGAUAUUGUUUCUCUUAUAUAAGUAUAGAUAUAUAGAUAAAGUUGUAAUAAAUUAUUUAAGAUUACAGUUCUUGUC